AUGCAUUUGAUGUACUAUAUUGGUGAGGAUGGUCAGAGAAAGUAUACUUUGAAGAAACGCGGACCAAAGAGCCAAUUCGCAUACUCUGCUCAUCCAGCUCGUUUCUCUGUUGAUGACAAAUACUCAAGAGAGCGUAUUAUGCUGAAGAAGAGAUUCAACCAGUUGCUGACUCAACAGCCAGCCCUGCAAUACUAG